UUUACUUCCUGGCUGCUGCCUGUUACAACGAACCCAACAUAACUCCUAAAAAGUGUAAUGUGGUUUCCUUAAUUUCCCAAAUUUCCUAGACAUUGCUUUUUUAUGCCUAUUAAAAGUACAAUCAACCAUUCAUAUUAUAUUACCAAGCAAAAUUGCUCUUUGCUAACUUAAGUCAUCUCAGGCGAGAAAAAAGUCUCUGUUUCUUAGCUGCUAACUAGGAAAUUCUUUAUUCACGUAUAUGUUUAUCUGUUUGAAAAGCCGUCUCAAUCGCUGGAUUUCUAGUAGCAUCGCUUUCAUCGGGUGUUCGUAUUCAACUUUAUAAUGUCUUCAAUUGCGAGUAUUAUCAAAACAAAACUGCAACUUCCGGAUUCUUCAAAGGAUUUAGCUAAGCUGAGGUGGAGAUUUCGACUUCCGGAUUCACAAUUUUCUAUCAAUAGUUUACCAUGCGAGAUUCAGUUCAUCCACUAUAACAAUUCGGAGGAAACGAAGUCUUUGCUGGGUGUUCUCUACUUAUUCACUGAUUACAUUGCUUUCCGUGGUGAUGAAGAAGGUACUCAAUUUUGUAUGCCAUAUACUAUUAUUCGAAAGGUUAGCAAAGUAAAAAGUGAUGACUAUGAACAACUACUCUCUGUCUCCACGAGCAACGGUUAUGAAUUUCGAAUUUCACUUCAGGUUUCUGAAAGUACCGCAUUGCGUUUUUGCGGACUUUUGAAGGAAGAACUUAUUUCACAUAAAGCAAACAUGCAUAAAGCAUCUGAAUUUACCAAACAAUUUUUUUCAGAACAAUUGAUAAGUCCCAAUGUUGCAGAGAGUAACCUGUCUUACGGUUUUGGUUGCAAAUAUGGAUAUCCCACAGAUCCACGGGCCUCCCGUGAAAGAGCCAAACUUCGGAUGUGGAAAGAAUACUUCCUGUUAUAUGGAACAAGCCUCUCAUUAAUAAGAGUCUCUCUGUUCUCUAAGCUUGUCCGUAUAGAAUUACCGAAUAAACUAAGGGGUGAAAUAUGGGAGUUAACUUCCGGAUCCUUGUAUUUGAGGCUUCAAAAUGAAGACGAAUAUAAAAAUAUAUUACGGGCUUAUUCUGGGAAAACUUCUUUUUCUUUAGAAGAAAUUGAAAAAGACUUGGGCAGAAGUUUGCCAGAGUACCCUGCAUACCAAAAUGAUGAAGGAAUUGAUGCUUUGCGAAACGUUUUAGUUGCCUUCUCUUGGAAAAAUCAGGAUGUUGGUUACUGUCAAGCUAUGAACAUUGUGGCGGCUGCAUUGUUGAUUCAUUGCAAUGAAGCUCAAACGUUUUAUUUAAUGCAUAAGAUUUGCGAGGAUUAUAUACCCGGAUAUUACUCCAAAACUAUGUACGGAACAUUGAUUGAUCAACAGGUGUACGAAACUUUAGUACAGCGGCUUAUGCCUAACCUCCACGCUCAUUUUGUAAACAAGGAUAUCCAACUUAGUAUAAUAUCCUUACCAUGGUUCCUUUCUCUCUUCUUUUGUACUAUGCCAUUACCUUUUGCGUUUCGAUUGAUGGACUUCUUCUUUUUGGAAGGACCAAGGGUCCUUUUUCAGAUUGGAAUGGCAGUAUUGUAUGAUAACGAAUCUGAAAUCUUAAAGGCCACUGAGGAAACCAUGCUUAUUUCUCUUCUGAAAAGGUAUUUUUCGCAAUUAAGUGAUCGAGUUUACAAAGAUGCUACUGAUAAAAGAGUCGCGUCGAUUACCAAAUUUCAAUUAUUGCUUGUAACAGCUUUCAAAAAGUUUGGAAACAUUACUCAUGCAAUGAUAGAGUCUGAAAGGAAACGACAUUUCAAUAAAGUAAUUAAUUCGAUUGAAUCGUUCGCCAAGCGGACACAAAUACGAAGUAUUCAAAAUUACGGCUCGUUGACACGUGACGAUUUGAGUAAUAUAUAUGACCGUUACCAUGAAAUUCUUUCUGCUAAACAUGAAUUUGAGGUAAGCAAUUCUGCUGAUACAAAGCUUGAGUUUGAUGAAUUUUGUAUUUUCAUGGGAGGUGUGACAGAUUGGGCUAAAAAUCUUGACGCGGCCGCAAUAAAUGGAUCUUCAUCAUUCUUGAGACAUUUAUUUUUACGAUUCGAUAAAAGCAGAGUAGGUUCUCUGUCUCUGCAAGACUUAGUUUCUGGGAUUGCAGGAUUAAAGGUACGAGACGUCAUGCAUAAUAUCUCAUUUAUUUUUGAGCUGUACGACUCUGAUAGUGAUGGAUUUAUGGAUAAAUCUGAUGUAUUGAAAGUAUCUGAGGCUCUUUUGUGGAUUACCAGGUACAUGGGCGAUGAAUGCUUAUCAGCUGUCAGUGAAUUUAUUCAGAGGUGCUUUCAUUUUGCAGAUGAAGCUAGUCCUGAACAUCGGGAAGAAGAAAAGUUGAUUGAUGUAGACGAGAGUUUACCUAGUGGUGAUUCGACUUUGGAAAGAAAUGUAGGCGCAAAUAGCGAUAUCCGAGUUAGUCUACCUACUUUUCGGAUGGUCAUCUUUUCAAAUGUGCUGCUGGAGCAGCUAUUUUCUGGCGGCUUGGCAGAUUCCAUCGUGCUAGCACCUGUGGAAGAAAAGACAAGUACCGUUGGUGGUCUUCGUGGAUUAUUGGAUUCCCUUGUUCUCGACACUAAUAGAUGGAGUGAAACUUUCCGUAAUCAUAAGCAUGUUGCAAAUAUUCCUUCGUCAGAUAAUGCUACGAGUACUGGACACAGGUCAUAUUUGACAAGUGAUGAUACUUCAAAUUAUGAAAAAGUAAAAAGCCGUACAUCAGAUAUUGAUGAAGAUGUUGGAGAACCUGUUGAAGACGAUAAAGAUUUACUACAGUUUGAUCCUUACAAGAAAACGGAAGCGUAAUACUAUAUCAAGUUUUGGUCACUUUUUCGAAAUCUUUUGACAAAAUAUAGAAGCCCUUGGCAUGUAUACGUAUCCCUUUUACUCUGAUCAAGAUCUUUUCAUGCUAAUGUUUUUUUUUUUAAUUGUUAUUUAAUAAAUGAUCUUUUUAAUGCACUAUUUCUUUUUUUUUUUUUAUAAAUAU